AUGCGAGGAGGGGUAAUUUGGACUGACAGUGAUCUGCUUCAAAGAAAGACCAGUUUCAGAGCCAUGUCCAGACCCAGGCCCGUGGUGCUGAGUGGGCCGUCCGGAGCGGGGAAGAGCACACUGAUGAAGAGGCUGAUGAAGGAGCACGAGGGACUGUUCGGCUUCAGCGUCUCCCACACGACUAGAAACCCAAGGCCAGGAGAGGAGGAUGGCAAAGGCCUGAACAAGCUCCCCAUGCUUCUGGGGGCUACAUUACUGCCGGUAGCAGACGUCUUUUCCUCUGAGGAACUAGAAACCUCUUUUUUGGGUCCAAAUGAAUCAGAAACCACAGAUACAGAUUACCACUAUACAUCACGGGAGGCAAUGCAGAAAGGAAUUGACAAUGGGGACUUCAUAGAAAAUGCAGAAUUUUCAGGCAACAUGUAUGGAACAAGUAAAUCUGCAGUUGAAGAUGUCCUUGCCAAGAAUGUAAUCUGCAUCUUAGAUGUGGACAUCCAGGGGGUGAGAAGGAUUAAAGACACUGACCUGAACCCUAUCUACAUUUCUGUUCAGCCUCCUUCCAUGGAAAUCCUGGAAAAGCGUCUGCGAGACAGGCAGACUGAAACAGAGGAGAGUCUCCAGAAGCGGCUGGAUGCAGCUCGUACCGACAUGGAGCUCAGUAAAGAGGACGGCCUGUUUGAUGUGGUGAUCAUCAACGACGAUUUAGAAAGAGCCUAUGAGGAACUGAAAGACGUCCUCAGUGAGGAAAUCAAAAAUGUCCAAGAGGCACAGUCAUAA